AUGAUUUUGAGUCGUUUUGGUAGCCGGUUAGGCCUUCGAGCAUUUUCGAGUGGAACUUCGAGCGAUGUUAUUUCUGUUGUUCAGGAAAAUGAACAUGUUGCACAUAUUAAAUUGAAUCGACCGAAUAAAUUGAACACAUUUACGCUGGAUAUGUGGACGUAGGUUUUUGUGAACUUCUCAAUGAAAAUACGAUUUGGAAAAUUUUAAUUCAGAUUUUGAUUGUCAUAAUUAAAAUAAGCUCCAAAAAUGUGGGCGUAGAAAAGAAAACUCUAUUUGUAAAUAUUAAUUUUUAAAUUUGAAAAAUACUACAAUGUAGCUUUGUUUUUUUUCAUCACAUUUCUGCACUUUUGUUUUCAACUGUUUGAAAAUAAUCAACACUUUAUAGAUCUCUGAAAUCGGAAUUGGAAAGAUUGGGAGAUGAUCCAAAAUGUCGUGCAAUUGUAUUAUCUGGAGAGGGAAAAGUAUUCUGUGCUGGAAUCGAUUUAGCUGGAGGAAUGGGUGAAAUCAUCAAAGUUAUUCAAAAUGAUGAUAUUGAGAUUGGAAGAAAAGCGAGACUAUUAAGAAGAUUUAUUGGACAUGUUCAGGAUUGUUUUACGGCUGUUGAGGUAAUUUUUUUUAUUUGAGAUAUAAUCACUCAUUGAUAUUUUUUUUUAGAAAUGUCCAAAACCGGUGAUCGCCGCAGUUCAUUCGCAUUGCAUUGGAGCGGGGAUUGAUUUGAUAACAGCUUGCGAUAUUCGAUUCGCAUCACAAUGUUCGAAUUUUUCGAUAAAAGAAGUUGAUGUUGGUUUGGCGGCUGAUGUUGGAACUUUGAAUCGAAUUCAAAAAGUUGUUGGAAAUGAUAGUUGGACUAGAGAAAUUGCAAUGACUGCGAGAGAUUUUGGAGUUGACGAGGCUUUGAAAUUCGGAUUAAUUAGUCGAAUUUAUCCAUCAAAAAAAGAAACAGUAGCAGGAGCUGUUUCUCUAGCCAAAACUAUUGCCGAAAAAUCACCGAUUGCUGUUCAAGGAACAAAAAUAAAUUUGAAUUAUUCAAGAGAUCAUACAAUCGAUGAAUCUUUGGAAUAUAUCAAAACAUGGAAUAUGUCACAACUUUUAUCAACAGAUCUGAUAAAUAGUGCAACUGCUGUGAUGAGCAAGCAAAAAGCAACUUUUGAGGAUGUUUAA